AUGCUCAUUUCCAGACCCUUCCUUGUGUCACUAGGCAUUGCCGGGGUAUAUGCCGCCAGCCCAACGACAUCGGCACAGACUUCAUCUGUCACUGGCUGUCAUAGCCACGGGUCAAGCAUUUACUGUAUUGAUGGCGAUGGUCAUGAAGUUUUGGUCUCGGCCACAUCCACCCCCACAACAGGAGUACCAGCACAGUAUACUGGGUGUCACUCCCAUGGAAGUGAAUCAUAUUGUGUGGAUUCAGAUGGAAACGAUGUCCUGAUUCAAGAAGAAGAAACGGCAACGGGGACCGAGAGUGAACACAAUCACAGUGGACACGAUGAACAUGAGCACAAUGAACAUGGGCACGAUGAACACGGGCACGACGAACAUGAGCACGAGGAAUCCUCAAGCGGAGCCAAACAAAACUGCCAUUUCCAUGCCGGUGUAGAACACUGCGUCGGGGAAGGUGAAUCAAAGGGACAUAGUGAGGCAUCGUGCGGCAGCAAAGCAAGAGACUAUGACGUGCCUCUGCGCAUUGGCACUCUAUUUGUUGUCCUCGCAACUAGUGCAAUUGGUGUUUUUGCCCCAAUCCUGUUGAUGAAACUUCCAAAUGCCUCCAUCAAUGGGGUGGUCUCAACUGUCAUUAAACAGUUCGGAACCGGCAUCAUCAUCGCCACGGCUUUUAUUCAUCUGUACACACAUGCAAACCUCAUGUUUACCAACGAUUGCCUGGGGGAGCUCGAGUAUGAAGCGACUACCUCCGCGGUAGUCAUGGCUGGCAUAUUCCUUGCGUUUUUGUUGGAAUUCGUCGGCCACAGGGUCAUAGUUGCUCGCAACAAGAAGAGCAUUGCUGCGGAUACCACGCCGUCCGAGUCGUCCGAUUCCCAGCAAGCACCACAUAAGGGACAUGACGGCUACCCUCAGAACCAGCAGCAACAGCCCACACUGGCCUGCCUCGGGCACAGCCACGGCUCCGAUCCCACCGGACCCAACAGCAAAUUCUCCGUCCUUGUCAUGGAAGCGGGUGUUCUCUUCCACAGUAUUUUGAUCGGUCUGACCCUGGUCGUCGCUGGCGACUCCUUCUACAAGACUCUUUUGGUCGUGAUUGUGUUUCAUCAGUUCUUUGAAGGAUUGGCACUCGGCGCUCGUAUUGCAACACUUCCAGGAGCCAUAUUCCCUUCCAAGGCUGGUAUGGCAGCAGCAUUCGCCUUGAUCACACCAGUUGGUAUGGCUAUCGGGCUUGGCGUCCUCCACAGCUUUAACGGUAACGCGAGAAGCACUUUGAUUGCACUGGGCACACUGGAUGCGCUCUCUGCAGGCAUUCUCGUGUGGGUUGGGGUCGUGGAUAUGUGGGCGCGCGACUGGGUUAUUGAGGGAGGUGAGAUGUUGCAUGCAAACAUAGGAAGAGUUUUGACUGGUGGUGUAUCUUUGAUCACUGGACUGGUGUUGAUGGGACUGCUGGGUAAAUGGGCUUAA